GUUGAACUGACGUGGAUCGGUGAGUGGGCGUAGUUGGCUUGGUGGUGGGUGGUUGACUAGUAAGUAGAAGUUACUUUUAAUAACAGGAAAAUAAAAUAGCUAUGAUGUAUAUAAGCUAAAUAAAGUCGAUCUGAGUUACACCUUAAAAAAAAAAACUCGGAAGCUUUGGUUAGCAGAAAUUUAAAGUCAAGACAGUGAAAACCUAAAGUUCGUGAAUACUAAAACUGCGCCUUUGGACACAUGUCACCUUAGUGUUGGGUUACGAGGUCCGCUUCUCCAGCAAUCACACCAGUCUGCUUCGCAACUUCGACAAUGAUUGUCAGAAUCCUGUGCUGCUGAGCCUGCCAGAGUCCCAGAAGAUGAGACACCUGCUGCUGGAGGCUGGCCGUUCGCUCACCCUGGAGCUGGAGCGGGAGAUAGAGAUCGACAAGCUCUACUAUGUGGCUCUUGUCGCUUUUGACAAGAAGAACUGGAAGAGCUCGUUGUCCAACGUGGCCGCCUUUUACUACGCCACAGCAUCAGAGCUUUCUCAAGAGCCAUUGUCAGACUGGCAAAUCUCCCUCAUCGUAAUCUUCGUCCUCAUCUUCUUGGCUGACCUCGGGGGAGCAGUUUUUUACUACCUUGAGAGGGUGUAUGGCGGGGGAACACGACCUCUCUCUCUCACUCCCCAGGUGGUGGUCGCCACUGCACCCCUCUAGUAUAUUACUUUGAAAAAAAAUUAAAUAUUUUUUUUUUAUGAUAGCCGUUUGUGAUAGUGAAUGGUUAAAUUCUGAAAAUGUCAGCAGUAAAUUUGACAAGAGCCACAUUUUUAUGAAGACUUUUUAAAAAAAAUUUAAUUUUAAUUAUAAUCCGGUAAACUUGUGAAACGUACAUUUGUAAUUAUUUAAAAACACAGAGAAGAAUAUCUACGAAUAUCGUUUGAAUACAAAAAUAUAUCCUUAACAAGAACUGUGAUGGAAGGAUACCCAAUAACUCGCUAGACGGGGACACUAAUUGGUGAAAGGUUCUAGAUCCAGGGAAUUGGAGCUAACCUGAACUUAGAUCAUACCAAAUUGCUUCUUAUUCCCCAGAUGUUACAUGACCCCUUAGGUCUCUUGAUCCCCCAAAAUUGAGCCUGUUUACCUCACAUAGCUUUGUACGACUCUUGGGCGUUCAGCGCUCUCCCGUAACCCCAUGAAUAUAAUGAGUAAUGUUAACUAAACUAAAUUUAACCUAGUUUAUGCCAAUAAAAAUGUGACCUCAGUCCUCUUCCCUUAACCCUUGCGGAGCCCCCUUAAUUCUGGCCUAGCCUCUUAAAUCCUAUCCUGGUCCCCUUUACCCUUGUCCUAACCCCCAUAAUCCUGAUCUAGCUCCCAUAACCUUGGUUUAGCCCCCAUAACCCUGGUUUAGCCCCCAUAACCCUGGUCGACCCCCCCAUAACCCUUGCCUAGGCCAAGGAUUAGCUUGAUCUAAAUAGCCCCGCCCCGCCCCCCUGACGCUCCAGAAAGGCUGGAGACAGACUAUGCUUCUACAGUCCACCCAGUAGCUCUCUGACGCUUGUGUGGUGGAGGUGUUGAGCUCUCGUCUGCCAUACUAGUCACUGGUGGUGUCUUGAUGUCGGUGAAGGGAUCUUGAUACAAAAAAAUAUUGACCUUGUUCACCUCUUCCACAAAUCGAACAUGAUUGCCUCCCAUUCUCCAGGUGUUGAAUAACCCUUGUGAGUUUAGCGUUCCACUUCCGUUGGAAGUGACUGGCAGCGCCUUAGUCGAGUGUGAUAUUUGAUUCUGAUUUACGGAUUUUGCUUUCUUUUUUAUUAUAAUAACCACGUAGCUGAUCAAACGCCUAGCCUUGUUUGUUCAGCCACUAGGCACUACCAUUGCUAUUUAACCCCACCUGCCACUACACCUGUUAACGGAUUCGACUUGCCACUUCACCUAUUAACGGAGCUGACCAUUCUCUUCACUUAACGGAAAUAAU